GGUGUGCUUUUAUUUUUCCAUCAGAGCUGGAAUUUACACCACAGAGGAAUGUCAUAUCUCUAUUAGGAAAUGUUUUUAGGCCAGUUUUCCACUUAAAUGGAAGGCGUUAACUUAUCACAAAGGAAAGAUAACUUCUGAGGUCAUGCUGACAGAACGUGGAAUUGACCAGACAAGAUGCUGAUGACUAUUUUCCAGCAUCAGCACUUUGCAUGAUGACUAAGACGGUCCCCUUUAAAAUUGUUCCUUACUGCUUUGUCACUCAAGUCCGAUUUUUUUUCAUAGGCUCCUCGAGCCGAUGCCCAUCAUGUACAAUGUGGUUAACCAACCAGCGUGGAAUACUGAGCUCCCACUCUCUCUUCACAUUUGCCUUUUUCUGUCCACAGGCGGAGCUUCGAAGGAAACUCCUACCGCCAUUGGCUCACACAUGUGCCUGUCAAACUCAACUCUCUCUGUGAUUGGCCCAAACGGCCAGUUGAGUUGCCUUAGAUGGGCGGAUUUGUAGCGCCUUGGUUGACAUUGUUGUUGUUGUGGGAGUAAGAAUGUACUUAGUCGUCAAGUCUAUUUAAGACAAGAAGCAAGACGUAUUUUGACAUUUACACAAAGCCGAAUAGCACAUCACCCCCGGAGGAAGUGAAUUUCUGCGAGUGUGAGGAAAUGAGAGAGAAAUUCCGCGAGGCCGCUCGAGGUGUGGCUAAAACAGUCCUUCUGCUGUGAGGGAGAAUUGCUCUCCUGUCUUUUUCUCUCUCCUGAUGCCCCCUUCUGCACUGUAAAUUCAUGAUCACAUGACUUUGGAUAUGGACGCAGUCCUGUCCGACUUUGUCCGUUCUACUGGAGCUGAACCUGGACUGGCCAGAGACCUGCUGGAGGGAAAGAACUGGGACCUCUCGGCUGCGCUGAGUGACUUUGAACAGCUGAGACAAGUGCACGCUGGGAACCUCUCAUGCACCUUUGCUGAAGAGAGAGAGUAUCACUCCUUUGAAAAGGAGAUGGCUCGGACGGGGCGGCCACUCUUGUAUCGCCAAGAUGAGGCUGUUCAAGCAGCCACGGAGAAGCGUCUGUCGAGGGGAAUCUCUCACGCCAGCUCCACCAUCGUCUCUCUGGCACGCUCACAUGUGUCCAGUACGGGCGGCAGCAACGAGCAACUUCUGGACACUCCACUCUGCACCUUCCAGUUGCCUGACCUCACCGUCUACAGGGACGAUUUCCGCGGCUUCAUCGAGAGAGACCUCAUUGAGCAGUCCAUGAUGGUGGCCUUGGAGCACGCUGGACGGUUGAACUGGUGGACUCAUUUGGGGACCGGCUGUCAGAGUUUAUUACCUCUGGCUACUAGUGGUGAUGGGAACUGUCUGUUACACGCUGCCUCACUGGGUAUGUGGGGCUUUCAUGAUCGAGACCUAAUGCUGCGGAAGUCUCUCUAUGCACUGAUGGAUCAUGGGCAGGAAAGGGAGGCUUUAAAGCGAAGGUGGAGAUGGCAGCAAACCAUGCAGAACAAAGAGUCGGGACUGGUUUACACAGAGGAAGAGUGGCAGAAAGAGUGGAAUGAGUUAUUGAAACUGGCAUCCAGUGAACCCAGGAUACACUACAGCACUAACGGCAGCAGCGGUGCCGAGUCACAGGAGGAGCCAGUGUACGAGAGCCUGGAGGAGUUUCAUGUGUUCGUUCUUGCUCACGUGCUCCGCAGGCCGAUAGUGGUUGUGGCUGACACCAUGCUGCGGGACUCUGGGGGAGAAGCUUUUGCACCAAUUCCAUUUGGAGGGAUUUACCUGCCCCUAGAAGUACCAGCCAACAAGUGCCACCGCUCCCCUCUCGUUCUGGCAUAUGACCAGGCCCAUUUCUCUGCCUUGGUCUCAAUGGAGCAGAAAGACAGUUCCAAAGAACAAGUGGUGAUCCCUCUGACAGACUCGGAUCAUAAGAUGCUGCCUUUGCACUUUGCUGUGGAUCCCGGAGAAGACUGGGAAUGGGGCAAAGAUGACAACGAUAAUGUGAUGCUGGCAAGUGUAACCUUAUCUCUGGAGGCCAAGCUCCAUCUGCUGCAUAGCUACAUGACUGUCACCUGGCUUCCUCUACCCUGUGAGGUACAGCAGGCCCCAUUGGCCCAGCCAGAGUCACCUACAACAUCUGCAGGAGAGGAUGCCCGCACCCCGCCAGACUCUGGAGAGUCCGAUAAGGAGUCCGUCAGCAGCAGUUCCAAUGGCAAUGGAGACAGCAGUACUACUGGAACCAGUGGCACAACAGGCAAAACAAGUGGUGGAUCUUCCAGCUCCUCUAGUUCAUCCAGUAACAGUUCAGCAGGGACAACUGGCACAAUUGGGAAGGAGAAGGGAAAGAAAGACAAAGAAAAGGAUAAGGACAAGAAACGUGCAGACUCUGUUGCCAACAAACUGGGUAGCUUUGGCAAGAGCUUGGGCAGUAAGCUGAAAAAGAAUGUGGGAGGCCUGAUGACAGGAAAGAAUACGAGUGGAAGUGGAUCCAAACAGGAGGGUCAAGAGAAGAAGAAAGGCUCUCUGAGAGGUCGUAAGGGCAGUAAGGACAGCUCUCCCUCCAUUCAAACUGGCUCUGAGGACUCUGGGAAAGGUUCACCCUCCUCAACCAGCGAGCGACAAAAUGGAAGCUACUCUUCUGAAGGUGACCCUUUUAAGUACAGCUCGGAUGUGAAAGUGAGUCUCAGCAUCCUCCGAUCCGCUAUGCAAGGUGAAAGGAAGUACAUCUUCGCUGCGUUACUCACUACAAGCAACCGGCAGCCGUUUCAGGAGGAAAUGAUCCAACGCUACCUGGUUGAUGCAGAGGAGCGCUUCCAUGCCGAACAGGAACAGAGAAGGGAAGCUGAGCGGAAAGCUGCUGGAGGUCUCGCAAUGACUGCUGGGUCUCAACUAAAAAAGGACGGGCCUGAGCUGAGUUACAGAAGUUUUGAAAGCAAAGAGGAAGUCACUGAUAGCUCACCUCCUAGUUUUAACGCUUUGAAGUCGUCAUCUUUCAGCCCGGUGAUGUACUCCGGUGUGGUCCCAAUCCCCAGGUCCACCUACACUGACCACUCUCCUACCCCAAUCCCGCAGCCUCUCCAUAUGCAUGGUUAUUUGGAUACACGACGGCAGCUGGCAGGAGGUUCACCAUCUUCUUACCCAGGCCUACCAUCCUAUGCUACCUUGCCCCGACACUGCCCCCUAGCACAGGGCCCGCCUCAUACCCAGUACCACCCUCCCUCCACCAGCUUGGGGAGCCCAUCCCGUAUCAUCAGCCCCUGCCUGAUGUCUUAUCCCCAAGAUCAUGACGCAAUUGAUUACCUAACCGAACCUGCAGGAGGUUACACAAAUGGCUUGCGGGACUCACAUUUUACUUUGGACAGUCACAAUGGGCCGAUGCCUAUGAGGCAUUACUCUUUAGGCAGUGCAGGUGGCCUUAGCAACCUGCAGUCCACCAAAUGCCGAACGCCUACGUGCAAUUACUACGGCCAUCCCGAGACGGGCAAUUACUGCUCAUACUGCUACAGAGAGGAGCUGAAGAGACAGGAAACGGAGACGGCUAUCCAUAGGUUUUGAAUGGACAAUCUCUGUCCGGUUUCUCUCCUAUAGGACUCAUUGGAGCCCACUGUGUGAGCCACAUCAUAUCCUGUUUGCGUGGAUCUUGCUUUAAGACAUAAGUUCGGCCUUUCUGAACCAGGUUACUGAGACUCUGCUCCCACAAUGAAUGGCCAUUGUGGGAAUAGGACUGUUGUUGUUACAUUUGCUGUGGCUCAUAGGCAGAAGCUUUAAGCUCCACCUACAUUUGCUUGACAUGGUCAUCCUCUUUCCUGUCUCCUUGUCUCCUCCUAGUGGCGAGAAUGUAGAGCACAGGCAAUAGACAUUGGAGCACAAUGUGCUACAUUGCAUCACAUGAACACGCUGUGUACCCCAAAAUACACAUUAAGCACAACCAGAAAAUACGUAUUUAUAUCAGCUGCGUUUGCAUUCAUAAUAAUAGACAUUUCAUGUAGGAUUUCAGCUGCAGUCCAUGUGAGACUUGCCAUAUUGCAAUUGUAAGGCAAAAACACACAGUUAACUUCAAAUGAGCGUUAUCUGCAUUGGCCCAACGCUACAAUAAUUUAACUUGCCCCCCUUUGGAAGCCAUAACCAACUGGCUUAAAUUAGCUAAAAUGGUGCUUUCUCGUUUCUAAGAUGUUCAACUUAAUGGAGCUAAACCUUGAUAGCCAAAGGUUUCGCUUUGGGUCUUCACAUGUCCGUAUUAAAAAAAUCACAGUCGUUUACGUUCUACUAAGUGUUUCUACAACAUUUAAAAGUGCAAAACCUUUCAAAUUAGUGCAAAAAAUAACAUUUUUCAGAAAUGGUACAUGCAGAAGAGUUAUGUUAAUGAGUUCUAGGUACUCGCAGGUCAAAGGGGGCUGAUGUUGAAACCAUUUCUGACCCCUUCAAAUGUUACCGGCUUAAAUGUUAUUGAUCGAUCGACCCCAGAGUAGUCACUGCACCAAAUUAAGCACUUUUCCAAUGUCCAGAGGUUGUGCGUGUGGGUUUCAGAUGUGACAAUGAAUAGACUGUUAUGAUGCUGUGCUUCUUGUCUGGCAUUUCGCUCCGUUCUGGAGGGAGAACUUGCAGUUCCACUUGCGUGGACUCCGGAGGUCAGGGUUCGGCUGUAGGUGCCACUGAUGUGUGCAAGCUCACUUGUUUCCUAGUUGCCUUUUCAGUCUUAGUUCAGGGGGAUUGUUGAACUGAAUCUAUUUCUGUUUGGUUUUGGAUUCGCAGUGCUGAUUGUUGUCUAUAUUUGUGGACUCAGAGGGAUGCUCGCAGAUCUCUCAGUAUCUCAAUUACACAAUGAAUGGUGCAUGGAGAUCAAAUCCUAUGACACUGUUAACAGACAUAAAAGCCUCCGAAGAAGCCAGCUAGUUGUACAAUUCAGCCAGAAACAAAACUAGUGUUAUUAACUCAGCCGUUCCAAACCUGUAUGAUUGGCAAAUACAAAAGUAGAUUGUUCUUUUCCACACAAUGGAAGUAAACGGGACCAAUCACUUUAUUUGAGUAAUGGACCAGAAGUCAUUAUUCACAGAAAGUCUUCCGCUCCAUCUCGCCUACUGACAAAUUUGACGCCAGUGAUGACAAACGCCAUUUGGUUCUUGUGUCUUAACUGAGCACAACAAGCCAAUGUGGAUGUGCAAAUGAGAUUUUGCGAGCUACUUUGGAGGGCAAAACUGCUAAUUUAGCACACAUGCACUCAGUUUUCUCUCAGUCUGAGUCAAACCAGUCUGUUACAUGUCAUUUACUUGCUACUAAUUUUGCUCUGUUAAAAUAUUUAGUUACAGCAUUUUGACUUGGAGCACAUGUCCCCAUUCAUUUUCAUUAUAGGGAAAAGAGCUGUCUGGACGUUCUGCUGGACACAGCAGAAAGAAAGUCAUACAGGUUCAGAACGACAUGAGGGUUAAUGAAAUGAUGUUGUCAGGUUCUUCAUUUUGGGCUGAAUAUCCCUUUACCCUGUCUUUGCUCAUGUGAAAUGGGCUCUAUAGUACUGUAAGAGGAUGUUGCUGCUGUGAUCAUGUUCGUUUGAUGUGGGUAAGUGUUAGUGUGCUGCACUGAUGGUAGCUGUAGAGUUGGUGUUGUAUCCGCAGCGAACUCCCUUCUGCUUCUCAAACACUCAAUGCAGAUGUAAUCAGUCGUAUGCAAAUAAUUGUAUAACUGUGUCAGCUUAAGGCCGCAAUGUUCCCACAUUUGCAUUACUGGUUUGCACAAUUAAAUAUAUGCUAUGUUAGUAUCCUAACAAAAUUUUAACAUACUACUUCUCUUCAUCUGGUAUCUCCCAUGCAUUUGAAGCUUUAAAUUCUCAGUUUAGAUAAAUGUAAUUUUUAAAACACUAAAUUGUCUAUUAUCUCUGACAGAGUGAAGAUUUGCAGCGGUAUAAAAACCUGAAGGGUUGCUAGUUUUGUUUUUCACCCAAAGACAGCAUGAUAUAUUUGACAUGUUAUUCCCUCUUAAAACCAAUAGAUGGCACACUUGUUUAGGUUACUUUUUUUGCUUUCACCUUUGUCUAAAUCAGUGCAUCCUUGGUGACCUUUUGAGACUGAUGGCUCACAUUUUCAGUGUAAAUAAGGGACAAAGAGUAUGCUGCUGCUGCUGCUUUUGGAUUUAAAUUGCGAUUGAUUUACUUU